AUUUCUUCAAAAUGUGGUUUGAACAGUGCCUGUGCCUUUCAGUUUUGGGUUUGAUCGCUUCUGCUGUUGCUUUUGGAGAGAACUUGGAUCCGGCCGAUGACCCAAAAAACAUCAAAAGACCCUGUCCGAACUUCGACUUGAACUGCAUUCGUGAAUAUUUCUCAAGAAAUUCUCAAUGUCAAUUAGUAAGGGGACCUGUACCAGAUCCACUACCUUUAAGUUACUACAGAGUAGAUAUACCGAAUAGUAAUUUAACCGUAGAAUAUCAUGAUGUUAAAACCAGAGGCUUCGAUACUAUUAAAAUCAUUGAGUUUUACAUUAACAGCAAAACUGAAAAACUAGUAUUAGCAGCAGAAGUGCAGUCCUUAAAAUUGGCUUCGCCGAAAACAAUUUUCAAAUACAAUAGGAAAGCCAAAGAGCCAAUUGUAAGAAGUGACGCAUUGGAAGUUGACUAUGGAACUCUAACGUUUACCGCUGUAUUUCCGAGCAUUAGCGACCUACAGUUGAGCAAUGCUGAAGUUUUUAGUUACGUCCAUGAAAUCAAUCCAAAAUUCAUUUUAGGACCUCUUCUAUCGUUUAGUCUAGAUUCUGAGACACAAAGUCAGUUAGGCAAGCUGCUGAACAACAUCGCGGUUAGUCUUCAAGAAGUAUUUGAAGCGCAAGGAACUAUUUUAAUGACCAGUUAUAUACAGUACGAUAUCUGUGACUUUGGAUUAGAGUUAGCGUCUUAA